UACGUAACUCUCCUAACCCCUAAACCAAAGAAAGAAGAAAAAAGAUGCCAAACUCAAAGAGACGACGUACCCUCGCCGCCGAAAUCCCCAAGGAGCUCAUCGCGGCCCAUAUCCUACCGAAGGUCACCGACGGUGCGUGCCUCGGUCGGUGCCGCUGCAUUUGCAGAUCGUGGCGUGAUCUCCUCUCGGGCCCCUCUUUGCUUCGGCAACAUAAGCUGCAGCGACCACCAGACUCUACUUCUUCUUCUUCUUCCUCUGAUGACUACCAAAUCAUGGUUACGGGCUUCCACAAACAAAGUAGUAGAACUUACCGCUUGCACUCUGCCGAAACGCUGGAGCCCCUCCUCCCAACUCCCAAUUCCACCACCAUGUUGCUACCUUCCACCGGCAACCUUCUGGAAGUUGUAGGAUGCUGCAAAGGUCUUCUUUGCCUAUUUUCUGAAUCCUAUUCCUACUUCAAUGGCCACGUCCGCGAACUGAUUCUUUGGAACCCGGCAACAUCGGAGUCCAAGCUUCUCCCUGAUCCCCCUUCCCGUCCUCAUGAUGAUCUUGUGCCAGUUGGGUUUGGUUUCGAUUCGGAAACCAAUGACUACAAAGUAUUCAGACAAGUUGGACGUGAUCACUACUUCAUGCCUCCGUACUUGAUGGAGGUGUAUAGUUUAAGGAAGGACUCGUGGAGGAUAUCAGAAGGUCGUUAUUACCCAAGAGUUCCCCGUCAACCGGUUCCCACGUAUCACGAAGGGAAACUGUAUUGGUCCGAACCGUCCAAAAAGAGCUUACGGUUUUAUUCGAUCGACGUUAGCAGUGAAGCAUGCGAUACGAUUGAUGUGCCUUUCCCGGCAGCUGUUUCCGAAGGAUGGGGUCGAGUUUCUGGAUAUCCUGGAUAUUGGUUCACCGAGGAAUCCAUGGUAGCUCGAUUUCCGUUCCACCGAGAUACCUUGUCUAUGGAGAUAUGGAUGCUAAUGCAAUGUUGGUUACCGGAAUCCUGGGUCAAGUUAUAUGUCAUUACACCACCUCCUGCCAUGCGCAUUAUGGAAUUCACCGGAUUAGCGAGCAGUUUGACAUGUUUUUUCGCGGAGGAGAAAGAUGGUGCUCACUAUCGCGAUCGCAUCGUUGUCUUUGAUCUCGAGACAGGAGAGAGCAAUGGUUUCGAAAUCGAGGGACAAUCAUCGGUUCAUGCCAUAACAUAUACGCCUUCUCAAGUUUCUCUCAGAGAAUGAUCAUUAUGUGUAUCUUAUUCGUAGAUACAAUAUCUUUUGUUUGUUUGAUCGGAGUUGCACUUAGAUCCAUUUUUUUAGGGCGUGUUAGUGUACUUAAGAUCUUGAUGCAUAGUGAUUAUAAAGGUUAGUACUUAUUCGUGGUUGUGCGCCGAAGUAUAGUAGUGUUUCUAGUUUUCGUAGUGAUUUUUCAGUUCUGUUCAAUAGUGUUUUUAUUUUUAGCGGUGAAUGUUAGUAGUGAUCUCAGUUCUAUACUUCUAUGUAGUAAUAGUUUUUUUUUUUUUUUUACAAUUAUGUUUGUUUAGUAUUGAUUUUUUGUUUUGGACAAAUUUGUGGUAAUCUCUAAUAAAACUCAACCAUCCUCCGUCCACGAUCUUAAGAAAUCACAAAAAAUUGA